ACAGCGGAACAAAAACAGCGUCGGAGCGGUGUGGGCGUGGUCGGAGCUUCCCUCUGUUGACUGUAGCGGCUGAAGUGCGCGUAAGUGUCUGUCGAUCGUAUUCGUUUAAUCGAUCAUUUAAUCGAUAAUUCUGUUGAUAUCGGAUAAUUAAGUGGUCCGGAACUGUUGAGGAGUGAGUGUGACUUCCGGCUAACCGCCUAACUAACCGUUAAAGUUGAUUUUCAGCGAAAAAAACCUUCAUUUUAUCAACAUCGAGUUUACAGUUUUGUAAAUCAUUUAUCCUAAAAAUGAAACUCAAAUGAAGAUAUGUCGGUUAAAGUUAAAGAAAUAGAGAGUUAAAUGUUUAUAAAGCGUUUUUAGUUGUAAGUUAGCUUUAUGUUUGUCCAGUUUUCUGAGGAUAUUAUUCAUCUGUGCCCCGGAGAUAAAGUGAACCAACCCCUGAUAAAAACUGACAAACACCCGCCCUUCUUCAUUUACUCACAUUCUCGUGUUUCUCCGUGUUUUUCCCCACUCUCAGACUCGGUGUCGGAGCUGUUCAGACCGGAGGAGUCAUGCCUUUCCUCCACGGCUUCAGGAGGAUCAUCUAUGAGUACCAGCCGCUCGUGGACGCGGUCAUGUGUGUGUUCGGCCUCGAGGAAGGUGGGAGGGGUCACGAGGACAGGUAAGGACGGUGCAGGUGCGUUCAGGGACCCUCCCCCAAACCCUGAACCCUUGGCACCACCCUUGAGAGCUAAAACUGAUCAAACCAGACCUUUGUGACUUCUCAUCACACACCGACACAAAAAAACGACAUGUAAAUUAUAAUGACAGAGAUGGAGUGUAAAGUUUUUAUUUGCAUAAUGUUAUAUUCUGGUGUCAAAUUAAAUUAGGGUCAAACACACCAUAACACUGAGUUGAACACCCCCUCCAGAGAUGAAUGUUGUCGACCCCUUCUUUCUCUAGUUAUACCAACUUAAGUAACGACCGCAGGAUAGCAAUACAGAGAGCCACGCCCUCAACCAAAACGCCACUCUAUAGCCACAAAUAAUGCUCAGAACAGCACCUAACUUCAUCAACAGGACAUAUAGGGUCACAGACAUAGUACUAGACACCAAACAUCUUUUUAACUUUGACUAAUUUCUUUAGCAAAGAGACUAAACACAACUCACCCACUCUCUUCCAGCAGACGCUUGUUUGGUCAGUCCAUUACAGACUACAGCGGGGUGACGCAGCUCAAGGAAGAACAUUUAUGAUCAUUUUUAUAACUAUAACUAACUUCAGUAACAUUUAUCUCUCGACAGGGUGUAUUUGACCCUACUCAACUCAACUCAACUCAACUUUAUUUGUAGAGCACUUUAAAACAACCACAGCUGAACAAAGUGCUGUACAUAACUAGACAAAACAACAAGAUAAAAAACAAUCAAGAAACAAUUAAAACAAUGGAUAAAAUAAAAGCAGAAUUAAAAGUAAAAUAUAGCUUCAAUGUUUUUAAAAACUAACUUAAUUUUACGCCAGAUUAUCCCUUUUGACACUGAAAAGGUUCAUGAAAAGCAAACUUCUCUUUCUAGAUUUAUCUCUGCAGACAUGUGACAACAUAGAAGCAUUAAUAGAUUUGUGCUGCAGCAAAUAAAUCCACUUUGAUAGGGAAAUAAAUCUGGUUUAAGUUCAUCGUGGAUACACUUCUCAGAAUCAUCCUAAGAUAAAAACAGGUUCACAGGCAGCACUUUUUUAUCUGUGUCAUGGUGUUCCUUUCCCCAUUAUACUUGCAGGGUUCAUGCAGGUUUGGUAUCACGGUAUCACAUCCAUACCUGCCAACAUUUGGGUUAUAAAAUCCAGGAGAUUUUGGGGUUACCUUUUCUGGUGGAUAUGAGCUAAUUAUGAGAGUAUUAGUGAUUAGAUUACUCAUCCAAAUAAGUCUAAGUGAAGCUGCACACUUUUUGGUUUUAACAAUAACAGAUGGUAAUAAGAAAAAUAAAUAAUAGCUACGAUAUGCCUUAAACUUAUUUAAUCCACGAAUAUUAGUGUUAAAGUCUAAAUAUGUUUGACAUGCUCUCUCCUGUAUGAGGCUCUCUGAACAUACAGCACUCUUUUAUCUGAGGCUGCCCUGAACGCAUCACUCCGAGAUGAUGAAAGACUAUCAACGUAAAUAUGUCUUUUCCUUUCACUGAAGUUUUCAUUUUGCAGCAAACACUGUUUAAAUAGAGUUUACAGCUUAAACCGACCUGAAACAUCCCAAACUGUAAAGUCAAAGUAUCAAUCCAGUGUCUGUGAGGUUGUCUGGAAACUUUGGACAAAUAUAGUGAUCUGAUUCAUGAAUGAACAUGGACCAUCAAACUACGGGAGAAAUGACAAUCCGGGAGGUGGGCGGAGAUAGGUCUGAGAUACGGGAGAGUCCCGGGAACAAACACGAGUGUUGGCAGGUUUGGACAUCCUCAUGCAAAGUCUGCAGAGAGGAUCAAAGAGUCUGACAGAGAUCCUCACAGCUCUCAUGGACUUACUGGGAACGCACCUCAAAGUUACUGAGUAUGGACAUUUGAGACUGGGUCCAUCUCUGCGGACCCUGCAUCAUAGUACUUUGGGACAGCACUUGCUAGUUAUACCAUUUCAAGCCCUUGUAAUACACGCCCCUCAGUUCAAUCUCAACACUUCUUCUUCUUCUUCCUCCUUCUUCUUCUCCUCACAGAGGCCCAACCCCUGAGGAAGAGGCCGGUCUUUGUCAGUCUCUGGUGGAGCUUUUGGAGCGGGAGUCCCAGUCUGAGGUGUUCCUGGAGGGCAUCAGCUACGCGCUGUUUAAGGUCGCCAAGUGUGGACUCGUGUACGCGGCAGAAAUCCUUCUACGCUACGGGGCCGAUCUGAACUUUGAAGGUAAGAAAUUCAACGCAGAAUAACAAUCUGAGGAAAGUGUCAGUCUGAGAAACCUCUGUGCUAAUUGUUACUCCGGCUAAUGCACUCGUUCUGACUUAGCCGAGUGCGUCAUGCAUUAUGCAGUGUUUCUGCUGGUCUGCAUCAACAAAGGCGUGAUGGUAAAUUAAGUAGUAUGCAAAUGUAAGAGAUCCAUUUUAAUUAUCUUGGACUAUUUUGUUCUAUUUGCAAAUAAAGUGCAGCACAUUCAGUGAAAUGUGUUUGCCUCCAUUUGAAUAAUCAAAUUAAUGGAUUUAAUCGGUCACACUUCUCCUCCCUCCACUUUUUCUGCAACAGUGGGCGCAUAUUUGUCAGAAACAGACUUCAAGAACCAAUCAUACUCUGAGGAUAAACGCAAAUUUAAAACUUUGAACCUGAAAAACAAUCAAACUAUCCUUUCGGCUCCUCUUGUGCGUCUGCGGGUCUCUGCUGCAUGCAACAACUUUCACAGAUGUAUCAGAGUGUAGAGAGUGACAAACUCAUGAGCAGAAACGUCGUCUUCACUUCAUACAAAAGGAACUGCAUGUAGGAGAGAGCGAGUCGUCGUGCAUUUACACUCCGGAGAAUCAAUCUGCCUCGUUCAAAUUGCCUCGGAAAGCGCAGCAGGUCUUACUGCCGCGAUGAAACCUGCCAGUGUUCGUCUACGCUCCGCUGUGGUGACCUCCUGUGCCUGUAAAAAUGUCUUUCCCCAGAGGCAUAAUUAGUGGAUCCUGGCAGAGGAUGCUUCAUUCAUCUCUCACUUUUCUUGGAUGCUUCUUUCCAGAAAGUUAACACUGACAAAUGCUCCCACACAGCGGAGGGAAAUGUUCGACUUUCACUCUACUUUAGUUGUUCUCCAUCUUCCUCCUUUAUGUAAGAAAUAAACGAACAUGUGCAAACUAUCAGACGGGCUCAGAUCUGGAUCUUUUCACGUGAUUUUAGUUCUUUAAGUGACACUAAAUAACUUCUAUAUCUUAAUGUGAACAUAACAGAGACAUCGACGGUGAUUUAGAAACCCGAGGAGUAAGAACCAGAUAUAGUCAGAUAUAGACGCUGCAAACAAACUUAACUCUGAUUUAUUCUCUGGAGUUCUGCAGAAAGAGCUCAAAUCACAGCAUCAUCUGAGAUUUCAGUUAAAUCUAUAAUUAGCUGAAAGUAGGACAAAGAUAACAAAUCUAAUGUUAUAAAAUUGUCAUGAUUGAUGACAAAUUUGUGUGAAUUUUAAGUUUGAGACCAGCAACAGUUUGGACAGGGACAAGAAAAUACUGGAAAAGUUGUGUUAACACGUAAAAAAACAGCUGAAGGAACAUCUCCAAAGUAAUGAGGUGAAUUUCCAGACGCAAAGAGGUUCAUCGCUCUGUGAGAGACUGAGUGAGUCCCACUAAGGACCAAAACCAAGACUGCUCGGCUGUGUUUUUUUCACUGCCUUAUUAAAAACAGACAUGACUCUGUAGUGGAAAUCACAGCAUGGGCUCAAAAUCACACCUCAAACCCAGUGUUUAAACAGAGUUUGUCUCUAUUUUCACAAACACACAUUAAAACUGUGUCAUGACCUUUAAAGACGAGCUGAAGCAAAAUCACCUCGUCUGUGUUUCUGUCUGUUUCAGGCGUUUAUGAUCAAAUUGGUAAUCGGUAAAUUAUGUAUCUGUGGGUCAUCUCUGUUAAAACUUCAUCUUAUCUCACAUAAACAUUCGUCUCCCCUCUGCAGACCCGGUGUCCUACUACAAUCCUCUACACAUUGCAGUUCUUCAGAACAGGCCCGACAUGGUGAGGCUGCUGGUCGGACACGGAGCCAACGUGGAAAAGCGAGACAGGGUGAGGCAGACUGUGGUCCCCUGUUUUAAUAUCCUCCCUCUGUUUUCUCAGCAUUAAGGUCAAUAAUUCAAGCGUUCACUUUCAGAUCCACGCCAGCAGCCCUUUGGAUCUCGCCAGCGAGGAGUCCGAGAGGCUCCCCUGUCUGCGCGCCCUGCUGGACCUGGGCGCUGACGUGAACGCAAGAGAUAAACACGGUAAAUGAACGAGGCGGGGUUUAACUGUCUCCUUUUCUUUGUUCGCUCUAAAGUCUGAUUCCUGUGGUCUCCGCCUCCUUUAGGUAAAACACCUUUACUCCACGCUUUUGAGAGCAGCGAUGGAAUCACCGUCCACAACACGGAGAACAUCCAGCUUCUACUCGAGCGAGGUACAGACUGGAAACCCUCUUCCUGAAUGUCCUCUUGACUGAAGAUGUUAUUAAACAAACUCACCACUGGGGGGCGCCAGGUGUACUCAGAUGAGUCCUUACUGCAGAGGCCCAGAGUUCAGUUUAGACCCGGUCCCUGCAGACCACGCCAUGAUUAAUGGUUAAAAAAUGAUCGUUCUAAAUUCAGCGUUGAUUUGACUUUCUCCCUGUCAGGUGCCGACGUUCACGUUUCAAAUGAAGACGGCGAAACGGUCCAGUCCAUCUUGGUGUUCCUGACGAAGGAGGCUCUGGACUCCAGCGUGGAGAACGCCGCAGAGAUCGGGAACUUCAGCCUGAGAGUCACACGGCUGCUGCUGGCUCACGGCGUGGAUCCCAGCAGCUGUCUGAACCAAGACAGCGAGCCCUCGCUGACGCAGACCAGCCUGGAGCACUUUGACCUCUUCUUCCCUCUGGCUGUUCUCCUGAUCCAGAGCAGAGCCUCGCUGGUCUGCUCCAUCCACGGCGACUCCUGCUGGUGCGGCUACACCCUUCUUUUCCAGCGGCUCAACACCGCCCUGCAGCAGUGCUCCGAUCUAAGUCACGCCUCCGAGCUCCUGGAGCAAGCCGAGGUGUUGCUCGACUUGGCGAGGGUUGACGUCCCUGUGCUGCACCUGCCUCUGAGGCUGGAGCUCCCCAUGCCUGGUGAGGAACCUCAUCCCUACACUCAGGCUCUGAAAGACCUUCAUCACCGCGCUGUAGAGCAGAACGCAACCCCUCCCGGACUGAGGUUUCUCUGUAGGGCCUUCAUAAGGAGCCACCUACAGCCUUGGCCCCUAGAGGAGCGGGUGAAAGCUCUGCCAUUACCGGACAGAAUGAAAGACUUUCUUCUCCCUGAGAACACGUACACCCCGAAGCCCGGCUGGGACCGCGUCAAGCCCCAACAAACCCAGCAGUGACUGUCAAACACAGUCAGACUGAAGAGGUAAAAGUCUGAACGUGAACCUAAACCCAUCCUAAACCACCGAGGCCUUUGUUAGAUUCGUCUCGUGUCCAGUCUGUGCCAAAUGAACAGACAUAAAUGUGUGUGUCAUGUUUACAGAUCAGCCUUUGAGUUCUCAGACUGUAAUGAAUAAACUAAGUGGUAAGAAAGCUGCAGUACGAAUCAAAGCCACCAGAUGGCAGUGUUGCUCUGGCGGCGCGUGGAGGUGCUCGGAUGUCAGGGUCAAAGAUUUCAUUCCUCAUUCACAGUGGAGCCUAUUACAGCUGUUCCAGCGCAGGAGGCAACAUCUAUAUUUUAUCUGCUCUACAUGACAGAGCUGUACCGUGGCGUUUGUGUCUCUUCUCUCUGAAAACGAAGGUGGGAUCAUUAAAAACAGUCCGCUGCCUCCUCAAGGCCUUUUGUUUUCCUCUGCGUUACAUCAUUUCAUGUUUGUUAAACACUGACCAGUUAGUGGCAGUGCGGCGGCGCUGAAACACACUCACAAAAACUCACUGACUACCUGUUAAAGAAGGACGCACGGCGCCGAACGCUCGUGUGCAUGCAGAUAGGAGGAUGCUGAGAGUUCGGGCUCCGGCGCCGCAGAAUAACUGUGCGCCUGUAGAUGUUUUGGUUGUGCUGUGACAUAAUGUGUCUGCAGUGGCUGCUGGUGUGGAAAGUUUUCCCAAGCAUUCUUAAUGCUUAUGUUUAAAUUCAGAUGAAUUUAGGACCCCCCCUCUCUCUUUUAUUUUUAAAGCUCCCUCGCUCGCUCGCACGCACGCAACCCGUUCUUCACAUCCAGUCCGAGAGCGCCUUGGAGAAACAUACUGUGGUAGUAACACCAUCGUGUGUGUACAUAUGUGUUUGCGUCCAUGCGUGUGUGACGGGCAAACUAAAUAGGACAUUGUGUUACACAACUAACCCCUUCCUGACAUUGCUGGAGCUGGAGUGGCUCCAAGGCUUGCAAGCGCUCCAGCUCCUCUUGGUUAUCUAGGUCACAGCCUCUGAGGAGAAGAGCCUGAGCAGCAGCAGCAGCAGCAGCAGCAGCCCUGCAUGACACACGCUUCACUCUCCUGUCUGUCUGAAUCUCUUGACAAAACCUCAACACUGGCCCUGGUCGAAUAAGAGAGGAGGAGGAGGAGGAGGAGGGGGUGAGGAAGAGGGAGGGAGAGCAGCGAGGGGGAAAAAGUUCCAGGCACGGCAUAGGUGGAAUGGUUGCUGGAGCACUCAUGGAGGACACAUGGAAAUGGAAAUGGCAACGUUGGAUUACAUUUAUACAAUACACAAUCUGUCAGAACAUAAUCCACCCGACCAACAAUCACAACACUGAGAGAGAGAGAGAGAGAGAGAGAGAGAGAGAGAGAGGCUCCUUCCAUAAGAGUCCAAUCCCUGCUUGUAGAAGGCGAUAGAAUAGAGAUAGUGGGGGGAGGGCUAAGCCAGUACACUCUCCAUCCAGCCUUUAUUGGAAAACUGUGCGAGUGAAGCUCGGUACUGAAAUUAGUUAUUGAUCUAUUCUCUCCCUGAAGCCCAUGGGUCUUUCCCACCACACCUGCUCAUUCUCUCACAGCCUUUUCUUUCACCACAGCACAGUUUCUCUCAGCCCUGCCUCCAGCUUCUGCUUGUUUUGUGCUUCUUUAUUUUCUUGACGUCGUCUUUGCAUACAGAGAAGUUCGCCCAAAUAAGACCCUGAUUACACCGAGAGGGAAAGUUGGAGUUUUCGAGUCAGAAUCUGCAGGGACUUUUUCGACACGUAUACACGAUCAUUUCAGAGCGUACCUUUAGCUCUGUGAAGAUAAAAUUACAUAACAUGUUUUAUAUGCUGCCCAGUGAUUUCAAAUCCAGUCUUUUUAACAGCGAUUUCUUUAGAAAACCCCUUUUUAAAAAGAAGUCUAUUCAUGCUCAUCUUCACCCAGUCCCUGACACCAUCUUCAGCACUGCAGAACCACCUCCUACUUGAAGAGGACGAAAUGCAGCACAAGGUUGUUUUCUACGUUUUUAUUCUCUGAAUCUACACUGAACCCGUCCCUGACCUGAUCCUUCACGUGCACUUAGAAGCACAAAACACAACAUACUAUUCACUUUCUUUUUGUUUUAUUUUGUUCACAGCCCGGCUCGUGUUAUCCAGGUCCUUUUCUCUGCCCCUGACACCAUCCUCUCUGGUAUGGGCUUAAAAACUUGCGUUCAUGUCACUCUUUAAAAAUGCCUCAGGGCCUGUGUCCACUGGACGCCAUUUUUUUUUUUUUCGCACCAGCAGCACCUGACACCUCUAUUUCAGUGGGCUGUCACUGGUUUUUACGCUGCGUUCUAUUAACCUCAGUGUUCGGAUCUUGGAGAUGGGAACAAUGCCACGCCCACGCUGAAGUCGCCCCUGUUGUUGUUACGACCACAUUAAAAACAAAACAAGCAUCGCCACAACAUGUCUGCAGAUCAAACUUACACAUUACUAUCACUGCAGCUGUUCUACAGUAGAUGCAGGGACAACAAUACAAAAAUAUUUAGUAUGAAUAGCAAAGUAAAAUUUAUCUAUUCCAAUUUACUAACAAUAAUAUGGGCAUAAAGGGUAGCAGAAGCUCCGCCCCCUUUUGAUUUUGAUUCGUCAGUGAUGAAAAGGUUCAAAAGUUUAGGGCUGCAGCUCGUGGAUAUUUUAGUAAUCGAGUAUUCUACCGAGUAUUCCAUUGAUUACUCGAGUAAUUGGACCCAAACAGCAGACUCACAUACGGUGAGAUUUCUUACAUCACAAAUCCAAGCUCCGCCCCCGGAGCCCCGCUAUGACAGCCAGAUUCUGAGAAAUAGAGCGGACAAUCGCGGAAUGAGCAUGUGCUUUAGCAGAUUGCAGCACUCGUAAGAAAGCUAGUUAUGAUAUUAACUUCCCACCGAGCAUUUUUUUGGUCUAAUAGACGUCUAAAUGUAGCCUCGACGACUGGUCUAAAAUCGACUACCACAGGUCUUACAAUGAAAGUUUUUUAGAUGUCUAAAUUUAGAGCAGGUCCAAAUACUGUUUAUUGCUCAACGGCUAUCAUAAUUAUUUUGGUUAAGUACUUGGAGAUCAGUCAUACAACUCACAGUUGCUAUUUAGAAGAAAUAGUUAUCAAAUAACGGGUUAAAGUGCAACAUCUAAAUUCCGUCUAAAAAUAAACAGAAUCUAGAAAUUAGGAUGAAAUUAGGUCUAAAAAAAAAACAAGACAUCUAAUAGCCAUUUAUUUCUCAGUGGGUUUCAUCAUGUCCCUAAAGACAUUAGCUACUAUGUUACCUGCUUCUUCUACUACAGCGGCAAUGUUAGGCUACAAGCUAGCAUGAAGAGGAGUGUGCAGAGCAGGGCCGACUCCGCCCACAACCAAGAGUGGUUUUGUCCUGAGGAUGCUGUUUUGGUUUGUGCAGAAAAUCAGCUCAGCUAGUGCAAGAAAAACAGAACUUCAUACAGAGCUUUAUUUACACAUAAAUGAGCAGAUGCAAUAAAAGAAUAUUAAAUAUUUGGUCUAAAAAGUUGCCAAAAUAUCAUGUUGUGCAAAGCCUUGUUGACCAGACAAGCAGGGGUGUGUCCAGAGGGGCAGCCAGGGGUGGUAUCAGCCCUUUUUAAAGUCAGGUCGGCCACCCCACCAUCCUAAAAAAUGACUGGCUAAGUUUUGCUUCGACUAUUUCGUACAGUAGUUGUGCAGGAAAAGAUUUAGUCCAUCAGAAAUGACGAGAAACUUUUCAAACUUUUCUAACAGUCUGGAAUACAAAGUUAAACGCUUUUAAAUUCACUUCUGUAUACAUGUAAACAAGAUCAUAAAUAGCAGAUUUAAUAGUUUAACAUCAAAAUAAAGUUAUAUUUGUUUUUGAUAGUAGCUUGUUGAUUGUGUUUAUAGAAUCGCCAAGGUAAUUUUGAGCUCGACUGUUUGUGUUUCUCCGCGUCUUUAUCCUUUUUUCUCGAAGGUCUCCACCAGUCCCUGAACCCGCCUUUUCUACUCGCAGCACUUCAGACUCAAUAAUGUAGAAAAAUGAGAGACAUGAUACUUGAAAAGAACAAAAUACCACACAAGGACGUUUGAAAAUAUGUACUUGAGAAAUCUUUGGAAGUAUUAUUCCAGAGAUUUUCAAAAUAAAGCGACCAGAAAAAAGAUGUCUUUUGUCCAUCUUUAGGCUAAAAACACGGGGACUAAAAUGUCAAACUGGAAAAGAACAAAUGUUAUAUAACGAUGUUAAUAUCAAAAACUCAAAAUAAAAGUGCCUAAAACACAAAAAUACAUUAAUUUAAUGACGUUUAGGCUGAAGGAAAAGUCCCAAAAACAAAAAUCGGAUUUCAGGUUGUAAAAAUGUUUUGAACGCCUGAAAACUUCCUGAUAUUUUCCACUUUUUCACCUUCGAUCUCACCAAAAAUGACUGAAUUUACCUCAAAAUCAGUCUCCUCUCUUGUUCAGCGUGUCUGCUGAGCUCCUAGUCGGGCCCUAACCUUUUCAUUCAGCACCACGUCACCGACUGACUGAAAGACAUUGUGGACGCUCCCCGGCCUUUUCUUCUUCUGAAUGUGCAUCUCCUUGUCUUUCACGAGACAUUGUCUAGACACGGGAUAAUUGCAGACAUCACUGAACACUCAGCUGCUGCCUGAAGCCUCAUGGGAGUCGAGGUGGACUUUGGAGGGAAACGUCCGGCAGUCAGUCAGUCAGUCAGUCAGUCAGUCAGUCAGCCGACGAGGGGGGUCACACACACGCGCACACACACACACACUCUUCAGCAGGCGUGUUUGCCAGGGUGAGGAGAAGCGUGUGUGGGAGCGAGAGGAGGAAGGCGAGCGCAGACAUUGAAGCACACAGAGCUCAUAACCGCAGAUGUGGUGACUUCAUCAGAAGAAAAUGUUCCUCCUCGUCCUCCUGCUCCUCUCGUGUUGAUGGAGCUCUCACAAAUUAAUGGCUGUUAAUGCUCGAAGGGAUGCAAAACAAAUUCACACUCCACAUCUUCUGCAUGUUCUCCACACGAUCUGGUCUCAUUUUGGACCGUUGUGAUACGGCACAGACUCUUUCAAACGGGGGGGAGCUGGAGUGGAGUUGGGGGGUUGGUUGGUUGGUUGGUCUCUGAGAGAUGGUCGCAGGUCGCCGGGUUCACCCCGGGCGCAGGACUAAUCUCAGUGGGGGUGGAUUGGAUGCAGGAUAACUGAAUCCUGUCGGGGCAGGCCACCUUCUCUGUGAGCUCCAGGUGUUGGUGCUUCAUUUGUGGAGGAGGACUACACAAAAACAGUCUGUACAACAACCACCAAAGAGUAUCUACAAACAUCACAAAGCACCACAUUGAGUUUUGAUCACUAGGCCGUAUUAGUUAUUGGAAAUUGGAGAAAGUUGGUUUAACUAAUCCCGGUUUGACGCUCUGAAAACGUCUUUAAAUCUGCCCGUCACUUUGCUCUCUUACAAAGAAAAAGGUCCAACAAGUAAAAGUCACCAAAGUACUAACUAUGAGGACUCUCACUUAAACUGAAAAGGAACUGGCGUGAUUUCUACGCGCUAAUUGCCAUAAUUAUAAGGCAGAAAUCACAGAGCUCGGCUGCAUUUAGUCAGCGCUCUACAGGGGACAUCCAGCGGCUCAAAAACAGCUCAAACUUCUCCAAACUUUUCAGGCAGAUCUGAAACUACGCUUUGUUGUAUUUUUCUCAAAUCUGUUGCUUUUCCUCUAUGGUGACUAAUGUGACUUUAAAACACCAGGAAAAGUUUCCCGGUCUGCGCUUUAACUCUUAUUUUAGCUGCAGAAAAUCCACCACCCCUUACAUUUGAACAACUGACGCCAUUUCACAGAAAUUCCAGACAACUGGCGCCUGAGCUCUGCCUCCGAGAAGGACAUGAUGAAUAGGACACACCCUUGGUAUGCUAGUGAAUGGUGGGAUAUAUGGCACACUGCAGUGUUACAGCCUAGAUUCAUUACAGCUCUUUAGAGUGUCGUUUCUCUCUGCUUUUUCUCCCCCUGCACGCGCUUCACGCUGCUCGCUCGCUCGCUCGCCUAUUUUUAAAAGCCUGAAUUUGAGUGAAAUGCACUGAGGCACCAGCAAGGCGAGCUCCAGCUCUUUCCAGCGCUGGUUCCUGAUCCUCCUCUUUGUUGUGGUCUAUGCAUGCCUGCUCUAGUCACAUGACUGCGUUUCUAUGGCAACUCGGGUUUGAGUAAUCAUUUGCGUUACGACCUUUAUUCCCUUGAGGAAAGGGGAGGGGGAGGUUAGACUGAGCCUGUAGAAAGAGGGAGCAAGAGGGAAAGAGAAAAGACAGGCAGAAGGGGAGCGGCGGAGAGAGAAAACAGGCAGUAGGAGAGGGGGAUUUUUGCAUUUUCUCGCCUUUAAUUUUCGCAUUUUAUCCUUUUUUUUUGCACGCAAAGCCACAACCUCUCAGUGUUCAAAAAACACGAGACAAAAACUAAGCAGCGAAACUAGGCAGCGUGUGUCUGUGCGCUGCAGCCUCGCCGCCAGAGUGUCUUUUGUGCUGUGAGUCACUCUGAAUCGGGAGGGCGAGUCACUGAGUUUGGUUGGAGAGAGGCGGCAGGCAUGUAUGUUUCAUAAGGGGGGCCUACACACACACACACACACACACACACACACACACACACACACACACACACACACACACACACACACACCUCCCCUUCGUUUCUUCUCGGGGAGGAAAAGCAGCACUGUGCCACAUGUGCAAGUCUCAGCAGAAACAGAUUCUGUAUGUUCCUGUUUCUUGCUCUCCCGGCUGCGUUGUCAUGGUUACAGAGCUAGUCCACCAAGGCACGCAGCUACCUCCUCUCUCUCUCUCUCUCUCUCUCUCUCUCUCCUCCCCUCCCUCGCUUUUCUCUCUCUCUCUCUCUAUCUCGCCACCGUUGGGUGAUUCAACCCAUCAGUUGGGUUGUGUCAUCUCCUAGAUGGAGUUUGUAGCUCCCACAUCUCCUAAAUGGAGUUUUUUUUUCCAGUUCAGGGUUUGUGUUUCAAUUGGAUCCUGACUGAAAAAAAAGUGUGUGUGUGCGCGUGUGUGUGUGUGCGUGAUUGGGUGGGGCAAAUGGGUGGGUUUUUGGGGGGCUCCAGCUCUGACAGGAGGUGGGCUCGACUGGGGGGCUGGUGAUAGACACUAUGGGGGUUGUGGUGGUGGAGGUGGUGGUGCUGUUGGUGCCGGCUGCUUCCAGGUGCCUGCAUGCGACUGGGGCUGAAUAUGAAUGAGGGGCCCCCGGUUCUCCAGAGAUGGCGGCUGGGGAGAGCGCUGCUAAAUCCAGAGAGCAGUGGAGCCUUGCUGGUUGGUUGAGAGGCCCCCACAAGCUGCUGACAGGAGCUGGAGCUAGCCAUCACGUUAAUUAGCGUUUUUACUCCAGCAGCAGCAGCAGCAGCAGCAAAUAGGGGGAGUGGGUUAGAGAGGGAUGUGGGGGUGGUAUAUGACUCAUAGACACAGUAUGGUUUAUUCAUGAUGGAGGAAGGGGAUGUGUGUGUGUGAGAGAGAGAGAGAGAGAGAGGAAACACACAUUUGAUUUGCACACAGUUUUCUAAGUGUGUGUGUGUGCGUUGGCAAAGUCGAUCACUGAUUGGCACUGAGCCGAGAUAUUAUUACGUCUCGAGUAUAAUACCCUUCAUUGUUGUUGUCAUUGAGGGUUUCGGCUUUAAUUUUGCAAACACAUUUAUAAUGAACUCUUCUCAUCGCUGCUCUAUCUUCUCUGAGAUUCUGUCAAACUAAAUCUGAACCCUAUUUUUUUUACAAACACGCUUCGAUAAGAUUAAACAACCGCAGAUCGGGGCGCUGUUACAUUUCUCAUUUAUUGCUGAGACUCUAUUGAUCCGGGGGGGUUUUGAUGGCUGUCUGGGAAGCAUCAGACUGAUGAAAUGGGUUAAGGGUGCCCCCUCUCACAGGUGACCUGACCUUGUCUCCUCUGUCUCAGCCCCUGACAGUGAUCCUUACCCCCGUGAGGAAUCUUCAGGAUCAAUAGAUUGGUCCUCUCCUGCACCGAUCACCCCAGGAGUCUCCAAAGCUGCAGCGAAAUAUGGAAGAUUCUCGAAGAAGAAGAAGAAGAAGCAUCUCCUCCUCCUCCUCCUUGUGUUUGUGUGCAUGUAUGUGUAUGUAUAUGAGAGGGUGUAAAGGGGGGUUACAUUACAGCUAUACUAUUGUCUAAUUGUCUCCUCUUAUCAUUAGUGACAACCAUGACCUCUGUUAUUGGCAUAUCUGCAUUCUGCCUGCACUGCAGAGCCUCCACCACACUACACUCGCAGCGUUUUCUCUCCCAAGAGCGGCAGGGCCCAUGCCUCAUAAAUACAAACACAAUCUCUCCUACACCUCCUGACUGCAGGACAGGACUCCACACAUAUCUGCCCGUGGAGCGCAGCCCAUUUGCAUACAUAUUAAAGUGACGCCUCAGAAAAAAGGAAGAGAGAGAAAGAGGGGGGAAGAGGGAAGGAGGGGAGCAGGAGGGGGGAGAGAGAGAGAGAGAGAGCGGGUAUAUGCAAACAAGGCUUUCAUCUAAUAUGCAAGAACCGGCAUUGCUCUGGCAUAAAUCUGCAUCUGAGCUCAGGCAAAGAGAGCCGAGCCCAUUUGACAGUAAAUGGGCUGGGGAUGGCUGUCAGAUGCACAGGGGAACACUGAGUUACCCCACGGAGGAGGAGGAGGCCGAUUGAUCAGCGUGGCAUGUCACAUAUAGCAGGAAGUACAAGGCAACAAUAGCACAUGCUAAGUAAAAGCUAUAGAUGGUGUUGGAGCGGGGAAAGAAUGAGAGAUUAUAAUAGAGGACGCCAAUAAAGUGAGGAAUGGUUAAAGGAGCAGUACGACAUUUUUUCACUCUCGGUUUGUAAAGGAUUUAUCAAACUAAAUGAAAUUAGUUCUUCUAAGAGGCAUUGGUGUUCAGAUUUGUCAUCUUUGUGGUUCAACGGUAAAUGAUAAACAGAAUUCCGACAUCAAAAUGAGGUUUAGAAAUCAAGUCUGGACAUCUCAGACCUAAUUUAAAACUAUGACGAGCAAUUUUUGUUUGUUUCAGAUGGUGUCAGAGGAAGGAUUGAAUUGAUUAUUUUGAUGAGAUUUCCUCCAAAGUAAUUUUUUAGUUCAAAUCCUGUGCAAAGACAAAAAUUCAACUCUUCUUUUUGAGUGGUCACAAUUAAAAAUGCUGCACUUUUUAAUGAGUGUUUUUAACUGUUGGACAACAGAGGAAUAAGGGAUAUGCAUGCUUUUUCAGCAUAAAGCAGUGUUUUUGAAUAUUUUUCUUUCUCCAUUAAAUUACAAAAAUGUUAGAAAACGUCCACAAAAGCAUGCCAGGCCAGCAAGUGGCGAUCAAGUGCAAUCAGUCUAUUAUAUCAAAGAGCACUGCAAGACGCUGCUGUGUUAAGCCACGCAUUUACCACUUUAAGGAAAUUCAUGCUGCGUUGUUUCUGGUGACCCCUCUGGUCAAACGUGGUAGUGUUUUCUCAGGAUGAAGGCUAACUGUGAUUUUGCUUGUAAAAGAUGGCCAGUCGAAAACCGAUCACAACCCUAAUAUGUAAGCUAAUUCAGCUCUGUUGUUCCCAAAGGUUA